AUGGCCGACGCAACCCUCUUCGAAGACACCUUCAGCAUCAACGACGUCAAUUCAGGCAAAUACGACCGCGUCUCUCGCCUUAAGGGCCUCUCCGACGAUAACUCGGUCGAUCUCACACUCGAUAUAAACCACGAGCUGUUCCCUGUUGAGCGCGGCGAGAGGCUCGCUGUUGUCCUCGCCAACACCAUCCGAUUAGACGGCGUGAAAGACGAUGCGAAGGCGGGAUGGAGGGACGUGCAGAAGAGCGGGGAGCAGACACUAGCGGAUAUGUACGACUAUGUGUGCUAUGGGAAGGUGUACAGAGUUACUGGCGAGGAGAGCAACGGUAAUAGCAAAGUUUAUCUCUCGUUUGGAGGAUUGCUGCUGGUCAUGUCCGGUCCGUAUAGGAAACUGACCGGCCUAAAGAUCGAGCACCUCUACCUGCUCGUCAAGAGACAGUAG